AAAAAUACCUUUCGCUACCCUACAAUCAGAUGAAAACUGUCACGGCACGAGUUGAUUGAAGAUUGAAAGAGUGCGAGGUUGUGGUCGUGGAAGUCAAAUUCAUAUUUGCUAGUGACAGUGCAAAAGAAAACGCAGAAGGCUUAGCUUUGAGCUCGCCCUCUGGUUUGAUAAGGAACGUUUUUCAACGCGAUCAUAAAAGCAGACUCCCGCCGGCCACCGGAAGCAGUCUGACCGGCCGCACCAUGGCGAACGAAACGGUUAACAAAUUUGACCUCCCCAAACGUUAUCAAGGGUCGACAAAAAGUGUUUGGGUUGAGUACAUUCAGCUGGCGGCGCAAUACAAACCGCUGAAUCUGGGCCAGGGCUUUCCGGAUUAUCACGCGCCAAAGUAUGCGACGGAUGCGCUGGCUGCGGCCGCCAACAGCGAGGAUCCGCUGGCCAAUCAGUACACGCGAGGAUUUGGCCACCCCAGGUUGGUCCAAGCGUUGAGCAGAUUGUACUCGCAGCUGGUUGGACGGAACAUUGAUCCGAUGACCGAGGUGCUGGUUACGGUGGGAGCUUAUGAGGCGCUCUACGCUACGAUUCAAGGCCACGUAGACGAAGGGGACGAAGUCAUCAUCAUUGAGCCCUUCUUCGACUGCUACGAACCGAUGGUGCGAGCGGCCGGCGGAGUCCCGCGCUUUAUUCCGCUGAAACCGAGAACGACCGAGGGAGUAAUUUCCUCCGCCGAUUGGGUUCUGGACAACAAGGAGCUGGAAGCGCUGUUCAACGAGCGGACCAAGAUGAUUCUAAUCAACACACCCCACAAUCCGCUCGGCAAAGUCAUGAGCCGCGACGAACUGGACGUUGUGGCGAAGCUGUGCCAAAAGUGGAACGUGCUGUGCGUUUCCGACGAGGUCUACGAACACAUGGUAUUCGAACCGUACGAGCACAUUCGAAUCUGCACGCUGCCGGGGAUGUGGGACCGGACCAUUACGAUCGGUUCCGCCGGUAAAACCUUCUCGCUGACCGGGUGGAAAAUCGGCUGGGCGUACGGACCGGCCUCGCUGCUCCGGAACCUUCAGAUGGUGCAUCAGAACAGUGUUUACACGUGCGCCACCCCCAUUCAAGAAGCGAUUGCCGUAGGAUUCGAAACGGAGCUGAAACGCCUCAACAGUCCCGAGUGUUACUUCAGGAGCAUUUCCGGCGAGCUGAUGGCCAAGCGGGACUACAUGGCAUCGUUCCUGGCGAACGUCGGAAUGAAUCCGACCGUGCCGCAGGGCGGAUACUUUAUGGUUGCCGAUUGGUCUGCGCUGGCCGCAAAGGUGGACCUAUCCCAGGAAACGGACGCCCGCAAGGAUUAUCGGUUCACCAAGUGGAUGACAAAGACCGUGGGGCUGCAGGGAAUUCCGCCGUCUGCGUUUUACAGCGAACCGAACAAGCAUUUGGGGGAGGACUUUGUGCGGUACUGCUUCUUCAAGAAGGACGAAAAUCUCCAGAAGGCGGAGACCAUUCUGAACAAUUGGAAAAAUGGGGGAAAGUGAGAUGUGUUUACUGUUAUAUUUUUCCACACUGCGAAUUUAUUUACAAAAAAAAAGCAUUUUCCCUAGAAACAUUGAAGGGAAGUAAAAACAAUAAACGAAUUGUGAUUUGAGCAA